CCUACAUGAACUUUCCAGCAGGGGAAUGACUGGUUAUUAUAGAGUCACAUCAGCUGUUUGUAUUGGGAUCUAUUUACAGCUGUUUCCAAUACUCCAUUAAUCAAUACCAAUCUUUGUGUAUUGUUUUUAACUGACUCCAACCACUUACCAUUAUAAUUGAAUGUGUCACAUGGUAUAGCUAAUGAGUCAAGGUCCCAAGGAACUGGUAUAGGUAGCAGCUUUCAUCCUAUCUCAGUGGGGUGUAAUGUUAUAUUAGUCCCUGCCCAGUGGAGCUUACUAUCUGAGGUCCUUUAGGGACCCAUAGGGUUAAAGAGGCCCUGAUUAUUGCAACUUAUGGCCACGGGAGGGAUGUUUUCCCCAUUGGGCCAGGGAUGUUUAGACCAUUUUUUGCCUGCAUCCAAUCUACCUCUAUUGCAACUGUGCACUAUGUGAGUAAUAUCCCUGUUUGGUGUCCAAAUUACUAAUUUAAAGGUAUAUAUUGUAGUUUAACAACACCAUUCCCUUCUUCCCCAACAUUGUGAGGGCCCAGCUAAGAGGAGGGAUUGCAGUGUAGGGUGCUCUUCCCCCAGAGUUGUUACAGCAUGGCACAAAAGAGUUACGUACCCUAUCAUAUUGUAAUAGGCAGACAAAUGAGGGCUGUGCAAAUAGCAUCUACAGCCUGCAGGGGGCAGCCUUAGGCACCCAGAAACAGCAAGGCUGGUAGUAUGUGAGAGUGUAAGGAGAGAUUGGAAGGAGGAAGGCAAGGCAAUAAGGCAAGGAGAGAGUGAGUGUCAGUCAGGGAAGGACUUUACUCUCCUUGCACUUUAGGGCCCUUAGGUUCCGGUUCCAAUAGGCCCUCACUGUAGCUAGUGCAGAUCUAGGGCCCAGUUAGGGACUAAGGGAAUCACUUCAUAAGAACCAGUAGGUCCAUUAGUCUGGCCCCUUUUCUGAUCAGCGUAGGUUAGAGCCCUGGGUUCCAGUGCCCAUUAGGGCCACUGACUCUGCUUAGUUAGUGGCCCAGCUGAACCAGGAACCAUUUAAUCAGGUCAUGGAUUCUAUUGAGGAAGCAAACAAAUCUGAAAUCUGAGACAAAUCUGAAGCUGUUACUACUGGGCGUGCGUAGGGGGCCCCCGGGGGGUGUGGGGGCGACGGCAGGGGGCCCCUGUUUGGCCCUGCACCACCCAGUCCAAACCUGUGUCUAACCAUCAUAAGGAAGUAUAUGCUAUAUGCCAAACUCACAAACUGAGCCUUCACACAGAUCCCUUUCCUACCCCAGUCUGCUUCCUUGUGCUGCUUCUCAAAUAAAUUCUGUACAAAAGUACAAUAUUGACAGCUUGGAACUACUGGCCACCAAAUUUCAUGGUCUUCAGUUUGUAGCUAAAAUAAAAUGGACACCCCCCCCCCGUCUGCUGUAGAACUUUCUUAACUUUCCAUCCAACAUAUUCCCAUCUCCAUGGUCUUUGUAUUGAUAUUGUUUCUGACAGGGGUUCCCAGUUGGUUUCCAUGUUCUAGACAGCUCUGUGCAAAUCGUUGGGGAUUAAGUUGGACUUUUCCUUCAGAUCCCCAAUCUAAUGGAAGUGCAGAACAGGUCAACCAAGCCCUGGAGCCAUUCUCUAGGUGCCAUGUCCCUAUAUGACAGGAUGACUGGUCUGACCUUCUCCCCUAGGCACAAUUUGCUCAGUAUCAUACUCCUCAUACUUCCAUAGGGAAAUGUCCUUGUGUCUACAGUCACCAUCCCUUUUCUCUUCCCUAAGAACGUUAUGAUGCCCCUGUUGCCAAUAAAAAUCUUACUUAUAUGUUGGCUAUUUAGAGAGUUACUGAAAGUAACUUGGAGAAAGCAUCAUUGGUACAAAAUAACCUGUGCCACAACCACAGUAAUUCCCAACAGGUUCAACUGGGUAUUUGCCUUCCCUCUGCUGGCAACUCCACCCAAGGUGGCAGCAAAGAUAAACAAGAAGGAACAAUGACCCCCAUAUAUGGCUGCCUUUAGGUUGUUGUCCUUCACUGCCAAGACAGGCACUAAGGAACAGAGGAAGAGCCUAUAGAGUAUAUACCCUAGGGCAGGGCUGUUCUACUGGAUCUAGGGGAAGAGCAAAGCUCCAUUCUUCUCUCCUGCCUUCAGAGGUGAUGGAGGACAUAACCCUAAUACCUGGUCUGACAGGUCGGACCUAGGAUGAAAGAGUUUCCUGCUAGCUCCAUAAUCUACCUUUGAACACAAUAGACACAUAUUUCUAAAAGCGGCAAAAAGAGACAAUUUACUUCCUCCCCACACACAUAACAAAGACAUAAACGCUGAUCGGCAGCCGAAAAGAGUUAACAAACACAUGACUUUCAGGCAAACCGGUUCCUUUCAGGUUCCUGUGCUCUUCCUGGUUCCAGUGAUGGCGACUGCUAGUGUGAGAUCUGAGCUGACCUGCUCCGUGUGCCGGGAGAUCUACACCGACUCUGUAACCCUGCCCUGUGGCCAUAACUACUGUCAGGUCUGUAUUGAGAGACAUUGGGCCUGGCAGGAGGAGGUAAAGGAGGAUCCGUCCUGCCCUCUAUGCAUGAAAACAUACAGGAGACGCCCAGAACUGAACAGGAAUUUGAAUCUACGGAACAUAGCAGAGCAAUUCCGUCCUACUGACCCGGAGCAGGAAUGUUCUGGGAUAUCCUGCACUUACUGUGACUCCCCGGUACCCGCGGCUAAAUCCUGCCUGCACUGUGAGGCCUCUCUGUGUGAUUAUCAUGUGAGGGAGCACAGCCGGGCAGCAGAACAUGUACUUACUGACCCCACCGCUUCCUUUGGGCACAGAAAAUGCUCCGAACACAAGAAAAUCUUGGAAUUUUACUGCACUGAGGAUGGUGCCUGUAUCUGUGUGUCCUGCCUGGCCGGGGGGCACCGGGGCCACAAUGUGGAGACGCUGAGUGAGGCCUCCGAUAAGAAGAAGAAGAAGCUGAGGGAAGUUCUGGGGGAACUGUCCCUACAGAGAGAGGAGACUGAGGGGCAAAUGCAGAGGCUGCAGGAGCACAGGAGAGAAGGGGCAGAAGUGACAGCUGGUGAGACAGAGAGAGUCACUGCCCUGUUUAGGGGCAUCAGGAAACGGCUGGGAGCCCUAGAGAAGCAGCUCCUGGAUUACAUCUCCGAGAAACAAGGGAAGGUUUCCCUCAAACUCAAUGGUCUGAUACGGAAGCUGGAGAUAAAGAAGGAUGAGCUGUCCGGGAAGAUCCGUCACAUUGAGAAGCUGUGCAACAUGGCGGAUCCACUUACUGUCCUACAGGCACCGGAACCUGAUGGGGCUGAAUUUCAUGUUCCUGAGAUUUGUUUGGAACCAUUCAUGAAAGAUGUAUUAUUAACAAUCGCUUUCUUACAGGCAUGGGACUCUGAGGACUCAGAAUGUUCUGACACUGAUGGGAGUGAUAACAAGAACAGGGGGAUAUAUUCAUUAUUUGGUAAGGGUACCCGUGUAAAGAAGAAGACUCUAAAGGUGGAUCGGAUCUCAGAGACAUUACUCACAGGCUUAGCUUAUAUAGUGACUUGGGUUAGGGAGGGGGGAACAGACACAUUAGUGGAACGCAGUGCAGCCUCAAAAUAUGACCCACAUUUCCGAUACUCAACGUACUCAAUGUAUUAACACUAGAGCCAGGAGCAAUAAAAGCAACCACAGAUCUAGCUUAGCACAAGAAUACUCAGACACGGUGGGUUGUUAUAAUGGUAAGGGGUCGAAAGAAGAUAGGGAAAGCUCUUCCUGAGUGGUCUGUGGGGCCAAUGAAGCAAGAGCAUGUAGGUGGCCCUUUAAUACCCCUGCAGCAGCAUGGAGGCAGGGCCGCCAUUGGGGGGGAGAUGGGGCACAGUUGUGCCGGGCCCUGUGAAAGUUUAUUCCAUAAGGGGGAAUGACUAGUUAUUAUAGAGUCAGCUGUUUGUAUUGGGAUCUAGUCACUGAAUGAUAUGAGGGGCUCCUACAUGAACUUUCCAGCAGGGGAAUGACUGGUUAUUAUAGAGUCACAUCGGCUGUUUGUAUUGGGAUCUAUU